AUGAAAAAUGAAAUAAGGAAAAUUGAAUAUGUGUGCGGGAUUGAAUAUGUAUCAGAAAAAAAUGAAAACAGAAAAUUUUUAUUUUUUGUAUUGUGUAUUUUUUCUUUAUAUUAUAUGUAUUACAUAUACGCGGCAUAUAGGCAAGGAUAUUUAACCAUUGACGAAUUUCAAAUAUUGCUAUUUUUUGUAUAUAUAUCGCUUAUUAUUGUCUAUUUCAAUAAUUAUUCUAUUGAAAAAUUAUUUUUAAUAAAUGACGUUGGAAUACAAAUUGAGAAAAAAAAUUUAUUUAAACAUCAGUUGAAAUUUAUUUGUGCAAAUGAUAUCAAGAGUGUUUUUAUCAACGAAGUUAUUUAUAUAUUUGAAAUUUCUCCAUAUUUAUGUUUAACUUUAAAAAAUAAUAACUUGAUUAUUGUUUUUGAGGAUUUUAAUUUAGAGAUGAAAAAAUUAGUGGAUAUAUAUAGAGAUAUUAAAAAGACAUUCUUUUUUUCUGAUUACAAAAAAUUGGCAAAUAUAAAAGCGGUGCAUAUUGAAAAUGAAGAGAAUAUAAAUAGUAGCAAAGAAGAAUGUGUAUCACAUAACGAUACAUAUUCAGCAAAAAAUAAUUCUUCAAGUGAAGAAAAUAUUUUUAAAAUGUUAAACUUUAGUCCUUAUGAAAACAAAAAAAGUAAUAAAACUAUACCUCAUCCAAAAAAAAAAACUUUUGAUAUAUAUAUAAAUAAAAAAUUAGCAUUAGAAAUAAUGAACGACUAA